AUGGCCAGCCCUAAAGGACCUUUCCGUCUUGUUACUGUCAACACUGCUCCUGAGAGAGCCAAGCGUCUUAUCGGACGUGUUGCCGAUACCCUCAAGGACCGAUAUACCAUUAUUCAUGUGGACAACUGUGAGAAAAUUGAGGAGGUCGCUCCUAAGGUGAAGGAGCAUAUGCCUGACGUUCUGUUCAGCGCCUCCAUGUGGACGGCCGAGGAAGCCCGCCAGAUCCACGAGAUCGCCAGAGAAAUCAAGCCCGAUAUCAAGCUGCAUGCCAUUCCUACCGGUCUCCAAGUGGAACGGGGUCCCGAUGCCAUUGUCGAAUAUCUAUGCGAGAAGGUGCCACCACUUCUGGAUGUCUAG